GAGUUUGUGUAUAUGAACUAGUGUCGUUCGAGUUCUCUCUGUUGAGUUGAUUGCUUCCGUAUUAAGUUUAUAAAUAAACAAAACUAUUCCAAUUAUAUAUUAUUAUUUAACAAUAUUUAUAAAUAUAAAUACCAAAAACAAAAUGGAUACAGCUCUACGAGAGCAAGUUAUGAUUAAUCAAUUUGUAUUAGCUGCCGGAUGUGCUCGUGAACAAGCUAAACAAUUAUUACAAGCUGCUCAUUGGCAAUUUGAGACUGCCCUAAGCAUAUUUUUCCAAGAAGCUGCAAUACCAUCUUGCGGUUCAACCGCACAUUUUGGACAAGUGAUAACACCAUGUAAUACACCAGCAACACCACCAAAUUUCCCAGACACAUUAUUAGCAUUUUCAAGAAUGACAACUGGUUCUUCAUCAAAUUCAUUAUCAACAACCCCACAACAGCAACAACAAAUGCUUCCAAAUACGACCGCACGACAAUCGCCUCAAACUACCCAGCGGUAAAUGAGUGAAAUCAUCCAAAACUUCAUAUGGGAAUUAACUAACUAAUGUAUAGGAAUCUUAGUUAUUCCAUGUUUUUAUUUGAUUUUCUUUUGUCAUAGUUUUGAACAUAAAUAAUUUAAACAAUGGGAUGUUUUCUUAAGUACAAAAUAAUAAAGACAUUAUUUUUAGAGUACAUGGAAUUUUGUCACAAAUUAGUCGAGGUUGUUAUUUCGAACCCAUUAUGUGAGUAUGUGAUAUCGACAAGGAAGCGUUGUCCAUUAUUAGCGUGUAGUUUUCAAAUUGGCAAAUAAAUUGUGAUAUUUAUGGAGUUCAAGCAUCAUAUGUCGAUACUCAUACCACGCUUAGAAAUUUUUUAUUAAUAAAUAGAAAAUUUCCCAUUGACGAUUUUUGUUGCGAAUAAUUCAAUAAUCGCCAACAUUUUUUUCUAUAAAAUAAAAAACCAAUGAUUAUUUUUAUUCUGAUCCAAUUUCCUUCUCUAGUUCGGUGCCAAUUGAAGAAAAUAAUUUUUUUUUGUUUAUAUUCAGAGUAUACGACGUUAUUUUUCGAAAUUUUAUGUUAGUUUUUCUUAAUUUACAGAACUGUGUUUUUUUUCAUGUAUAUUUAUUGAAUAAUUUUCUGUAAAUAAUUUAUUUGGAUACUUUAAGGUCAUUAAAAACGAAUAUAUGGAAUUUGGGUACCAAAUUCUUUAAGAUAGAAGAUUUUAUUUUGUUAACGACAAUUUAAAACAAAGAUUCUUCGAUUCAGAAAUUGAAAUUGAAGUUCACAUUACAAAAUGUUUUAAGAACGGAAAAAAUUUUCCUAUCAACGUUGAAGUGCUAAAACUCACAUUAUAGACUGCAGUCAUAUGGACAACAAAACGCAAAUUUUCAACGUUUGUAUUGGUAAUACAGUAGAUCCGCGGUAAUCCGGUCCCUGUCCAAUCCGGUAUCCCUUGUAAUCCGACAUAACUAUAACGGUAAUUACAAUGCAGAUUUAUUAUAAAUACAUUAACUCUUCGUGACUGAAAAAAAAAAUGAUUGAAAUCUUGUCACUUUGAUUUGUAAUUUGUCGGAUUACAGGAUAUUAUUUUUCAAAAAGUUCCGUGCUACAAGGGGCUUGUUGCUCUAUAGUCCGACAAAAUCGAUAAAUCGACCUCACCUUGCAAAACGUUUGUUGGAUUACCGCGAGUCCACUGUACUUUAUUUUAAACAGAGAGGCUUACUUGAACGUCAAUUUCAACGCAUUUAAUAGGCCUAUUUAAUGCUGUGCAAUUCCAACAAACGUCCUUUAGAAGAACAUACGUUUAAAUCGACGUUCGUGCAUUAACAUCUUAAACAUGUACAAAUGUAACCGUGUACACAUUGAGUAUUAAAGAUUGUUUCAAUUCGUGCUUUUUUAUGUAUAACUGCUUAUCUCUUUAGUGGAACUAAUUUCGUUAACGUGACAGAAAGGUAUAAAUGAAGUUGUUGGUCAAAAUAACUUUAUUUGAAACGCACUUAAAUUAAAAAUGGCAUUGAAUUAAACACUCGUGUCUCUCGGGUGUUUUUACAUGCGAACAGAUUUCUAGAUGAGUUUCCAUCAACGGUGAGACCCAUAUAUAUUUUAGUGAACAAUCUAUAAGAUAAUGAAAUCUUAAAGAGUUAAGGAAUUCAUAAACAGUGCCCAGAUUGCAUAUAUGUUUAACCGUAAGACAUUAUUUGACAUGUUUUUAAAGACCCUUUCGUAUACUAUUUAAUAAAAUAUGUAUAUAUAAAAUACUUAUACCAUUUUUUGUAUAGAUCUUAAGUUAAACCAACUUUGUAAGUACAUAUUAAAAGAAAUAUAGUAAUCAGUGGCUAAGCUGCAAA